UCUCUCUUGGUCCUCCUAUUCUGCUUCUCAGCAACCUUUGCCGCAGUUCCAGUGGCCAUGAAAUGCCCGGAUGGCUGGAAAUGGUUCAUCAGGUCCCGUGGUGGUUGGUGUAUGAAGGUCUUUGUUGAAACUCUCGUACAAGAAAAGGCCGAAGAAAAGUGUGUAGCCCAGGGAGCCACGAUCGCCGGAGUCCAGAAUGCCAAUGAAAGCGCAUGGAUGAGAUCCGAGUUGGAAUCUCAAACCAAAACAUCUGGCUACAUGUGGGUCGGAGGUAAACGUGUCAAUCCGUGCCUGAGUUCUGCGCUCACUACUGCAUGCUCAAGGGUCACUUCAUUCUAUUGGACUGAUAAGUCUACUGUAGGAGUUCAAGGAUUCACAUGGCUUGCUGGAGAACCCAAUAAUGCGUUUGGUAGUCAGUGGUGUCUUCAACUCAUGAGUAACACUGGACUUAUGGAUGACGUUUCAUGUGCCGCUACAACACUUGGUUAUGUCUGUGGAAAAGUUGCAUCUUUU